AUGGGUUCGCCGAUUUCGGGGUUCAUCGCCGAGGCGGUCCUGCAACGGUUAGAGUCGCUGGUCUUCCCACACCACAAACCGACUUUCUGGGCCCGGUAUGUGGAUGAUACCUUCGUCGUUAUCGAUCGGGAUCAACUGCUGACAUUCAAGGAACGUCUGAAUGCGGUCUUCCCGGACAUACAAUUUACGAUGGAGGAGGAAGAGAACAACCAGCUGACCUUCCUGGAUGUCCUCGUAUGCCGCAAGGAUUGUGGUGGACUAAAGACCAAAGUGUUCAGAAAAGCGACAAACACGAUGCAAGUACUGAAGUUCAACAGCAACCACCCAAUCAGUCACAAACGCAGUUGUGUAAGGACGCUCUAUCGGCGUGUCGAAACGCACUGCAGUGAGCCGGAAGACAAGAUUGCUGAACUACAAUACCUCCGACGGGUCUUCAAAGCCAAUGACUACCCGCGCAACUUUAUCAACCGCUGCAUACGCAAAAUGGACGAAAGGCCUAACCGCAGGGACACCAAAGUUUGGCGGGCGCUUCCAUAUGUCAAGAACGUUUCGGAAGCUGUCGGCCGCCUUCUCGCACCACUUGGGGUUGGAGUUGCACACAGGCCAGAGGCAACCAUCAGGCGUCAAUUGAUGAAACCAAAAGGCCCACUGCCACGGCAAGAAACAUCUGGAGUCGUUUAUCGGAUCUGGUGCAGUUGCGGACAAAGCAACUACGUCGGAGAAACCGGAAGACAGCUCCGAACGCGAAUGGCCGAACACGCUGCAGCAGUGCGGAGAAAUGACGCCAGCUCUCAAGUUGCGGCUCAUUCGACGAGAUCCGGCCACACAUUCAAAGUUGACGAGGCCGAAAUUCUCACAAGAGGUGACAACCGCGUGAGCCGGGAGCUGCUUGAGUCAUGGUUCACUGGCUCCCAGUCUAUUAACAAGUGCAAUGAUCUUCCCAUUCAAUACAGCGUGCUGAGAGUUCGUCUAGGCGGAGAAAUUGGCCACGCGGGGAGCGCCUUGAUGAACACUCUUCCCAACACCCGGGUCAGCGCGUCAGAUGGUCGAGCAAUCAUCACACCAACAUCCAACGGACGUGAUGAAAUUGCAGCAAUUAACGACGCGAAUAUCGGCCAUCACGCCACGUGCAACGAUCCCUGA